UAUAAAUUGCUUAGUCGGUUCAACACAACAACAUAAGCCGGGUUAACCAGCAGAAAGAAACAACCAUGAAAACAUUCAUCGUUCUCGCCUUGACUGUCGUUGCUGCUUUGGGAGUACCUCAAACAGCUGUGCACCAAAAAUGGGCUGAAUUCAAGCUGACCCAUAAGAAACAAUACAGCUCCCCAAUUGAAGAACUCAAACGCAAAGCUAUCUUUCAAGACAACUUGGCCCAAAUUGAAGAACACAAUGCCAAAUACGCUAAAGGACAAGUCACCUACACCAAAGCCAUCAACCAAUUCGCUGACAUGACCAAAGAAGAAUUCAUGACAUAUGUCAACCGUGGUCUUGCCACCAAACCCACGAAGAACGAAAAACUUCGUCUUCCUUUCGUCAAAUCUGACAAACCCGCCGCUGCUGAAGUCGAUUGGAGAGACUCUGCUGUCACCGAAGUCAAAAACCAAGGACAAUGUGGUUCCUGCUGGAGUUUCAGUGCUACUGGAGCUCUUGAAGGCCAACUCGCCGUCGAAGGCAAAGGUUUGAUCUCCCUCAGUGAACAAAACUUGAUGGACUGUUCAUCAAAAUACGGAAAUGCUGGUUGCGACGGUGGUUUGAUGGACAGCGCCUUCGAAUACAUCCAAGACUUUGGAAUCAUGUCCGAAUCAGCCUACCCCUACACCGCCAAGGAUGGCACCUGCAGAUAUGACGCUUCUCAAUCCGUCACCAGUAUUUCGGCUUACUACGAUCUCCCCCCUGAAGAUGAAGUAUCUCUCCAAACCGCUGUUGCCAAUUAUGGUCCAAUCGCUGUAGCCAUCGAUGCCACCGAAGGACUCCAAUUUUACUCUGGAGGUAUCUUCCAAGACGAAACCUGCGACUCUACGAGCUUGAAUCAUGGUGUAUUAGCUGUUGGUUAUGGUCAUGAAGACGGUUAUGAUUACUGGAUCAUUAAGAAUUCCUGGGGAAGCAGUUGGGGGGAAGCAGGGUAUUUCAAACUUGUCCGUAACUACUUCAACCAUUGCGGUGUUGCAAGUCAAGCCUCUUACCCGGUUUUGUAAAUAAUAAUUAUUCCUUAUUAAUUAAUAAAUUAUAUUAAGUUCAA